AUGACAAGGGCCCCUUCGCAAGUGCAUCAGAACUACCAACGAGAGUGUGAGGCUGCCAUCAACUGGCAGAUCCACUUUGAGCUCUAUGCAGCCUCUGUAUACUUUUCUAUGGCCUACCAUUUCGACCGAGAAGAUGUGGGCCUGAAGAACUUCGCCAACUACUUUCUGGGCCGUUGGCGUGAGAAGCAUGAGCACACGGAGAAGCUGCUGGCCCUGCAGAACCAGCGCGGGGGCCACAUCCAUCUUGGAGACAUCAGUAGGCCUGCUGCAGAUGAGUGGGGCAGCGGACUCAACGCCAUGAAGUUCGCCUUCCACCUGGAGCGGACCCUCAACCAGAGCCUCCUGAGCCUUUACUGGCUAGCCUACAGCCAGGAUGACAUGCAGCUGUGUGGCCUCCUGGAGAGCCGUUUUCUGCACAAGCAGGUGAGGACCAUCAAGGAGCUGGGCGGCCACGUGAGCAACCUGAGUUCCCAGGAGGACGCUGGCCUGGCCGAGUACCGCUUCCACAAGCUCUCCCUGGGUGACAGCGACAGCGAUAAGGAGAACUGA